GGCGGGGCGGGCGACAUGCUGCGAGCUUCUGUCCUCCGGCUGCUGGGGCGUCCGGGAGCCAGUGGAGGAGCCUGGCUGCUGGAGUACUCCGGCCCACGCCACUACAGUUCGGGCCCUCUGGGUGCCCGCGACGAUGCUGGCGGCGCUCGCGCCUUCUUCACGACACCCAUUUUCUACGUGAACGCGGCGCCACACAUCGGACACCUGUACUCCGCUCUGCUGGCGGACGCCCUGUGCCGCCACCGUCGCCUCCGAGUUCCCGGCGCUGCCGCCACGCGAUUCUCCACCGGUACGGACGAGCACGGCCUGAAGAUUCAGCAAGCAGCAGCCGCUGCGGGCCUGGCCCCCACCGAGCUGUGCGACCGAGUGUCUGCCCAGUUCCAGCAGCUUUUCCGGGAGGCCGGCAUCUCCUCCACCGAUUUCAUCCGCACCACCGAAGCCCGGCAUCGGAUCGCUGUGCAGCACUUCUGGGGACUGCUGGAGGCCCGGGGUCUGCUCUACAAGGGUAUCUACGAAGGUUGGUAUUGCGCAUCCGAAGAGUGCUUCCUGCCUGAGGCCAAAGUCACCCGACAGCCGUCUUCGUCAGGCGGUUCGUGUCCUGUAUCUCUAGAGAGUGGGCACCCCGUAUCCUGGACCAAGGAAGAGAACUACAUUUUCAGGCUUUCUCAGUUCCGAGAGCCGCUUCAGCGGUGGCUGCGGGGCGACCCUCAGGCAGUCACACCCGAGCCAUUUCAUCGUGCAGUUCUUCAGUGGCUGGAGGAGGAGCUGCCGGACCUGUCUGUUUCUCGAAAGAGCAGCCACUUGCAUUGGGGCAUUCCUGUGCCCGGGGACGAUUCGCAGACCAUCUACGUAUGGCUGGAUGCCUUGGUCAACUACCUUACUGUAAUUGGCUACCCAAAUGCUGAGUUUAAAUCUUGGUGGCCCACCACCUCUCAUAUCAUAGGCAAGGACAUUCUUAAAUUCCAUGCUAUCUAUUGGCCUGCCCUCCUCUUAGGGGCCGGCAUGAGCCCACCACACCGCAUCUAUGUCCACUCUCAUUGGACGGUCUGUGGCCAAAAGAUGUCUAAAAGCUUGGGUAACGUGGUGGACCCCAGGACUUGCCUUGAUCGCUACACUGUGGAUGGUUUCCGAUACUUUCUUCUUCGGCAGGGCGUCCCCAACUGGGACUGUGAUUACUAUGAUGAAAAGGUGGUUAAGUUGCUAGAUUCUGAGCUGGCAGAUGCUUUGGGAGGUCUCCUGAACCGGUGCACGGCCCAAAGAAUAAAUCCUUCUGGGACCUAUCCGGUUUUCUGCACGGCCUGCUUUCCCAGUGAGGCAGGGUUGGUGGGGCCAUCAGUUCGUGCUCAGGCAGAGGACUAUGCUUUGGUGAACGCAGUGGCCACUUUGCCCCGGCAGGUAGCUGAGCACUAUGAGAACUUUCAGAUCUAUAAGGCUCUGGAGGCAGUGUCCAGCUGUGUCCGGCAAACUAAUGGCUUUGUCCAAAGGCAUGCACCAUGGAAGUUGAGCUGGGAGAGCCCAGUGGAUGCCCCCUGGCUGGGUACUGUGCUUCAUGUGGCCUUGGAAUGUUUGCGGGUCUUUGGAACUUUGCUGCAGCCUGUCACCCCAAGCCUGGCUGAUAAGCUGCUCUCCAGGUUGGGGGUCUCUGCCACAGAGAGGGGCCUUGGAGAGCUCUGUUUCUUGCCUCGAUUUUAUGGACAUCCAUGUCCUUUUGAAGGGAGGAAGCUGGGACCUGAAACUGGGCUCUUAUUUCCAAGACUAGACCAGUCCAGGGUCUGGCUGGUGAAAGCCCAUAGAACCUAGAAACUUAGUUCUAAUUGGCUUGUAGUAAAAAAGCAAACGUGUUAUUUUCUUAUUUUGCAUUUUCAGGAAAGUCAUACUAAUGUUUUCUGAAGUGCUGCAUCAUAUGAGCACAUAAACAAUGUCCCUGUGGAAAGAGAUUUGUUGCCUUUCAGGUGCCUACGCCCUACUCUUCAGUUAUCUGUGCCCAUUAACCACUAUUCUUACAGACUGUAAGAUGUUUCCAGGGUAAAGAUGGGUAAGAGAAAACUUUGCAGAUACUGUUCCUUCUCAUUGUGCCUCCUUCCAAGCCACAGUUAAUGUUAUUUGCCCAGACUACCUCUUACGGCUUUUCAUUGGUCUGGCUUCUGCUGGGCAAAUUAGUGAAGAGUUGGGGUUGGAGGCCCCCUACCUCAGCUUUUAGUAGUCAACUUUGUUAUAUAUGUUGGGUUUCCUAUUAGAAAGAGAUUCUUUUAUUAAACCUUUAAAAACCAGUAUCCUAGACGAGGUGGUUUUUGCCCUUGUUUAUAUUUUCAGUUCUUAGAGCUGUUAACUCUGUACUUUGUUAGUUAAUAGUCUAAUAGUUGUGCUUUGUAACAUUACACUUCAGCCAGUAGAUGUCCCUAAUGUCUCAAUAUUUAAUUACUUGGCAUUGACAUUUCAGAAUACUUAGAAAAAAUUAGUUUUCUGCUUUCUGAUUAUGCAGAAUUUAAACUUAAGGAAAAAUUUUAUUGCUUUUCUUAAAAUAAGGGAUAACUGUAGCCACUAGUUUCACCUAAAACAAUUAAAAAAAGAUCAGAAUCCUGUUUGUUUCAAACUACUGAAAAAGGACUUUUACUCUAUUAAAUGCUUAGUAAGCAAUUAAGUAAAUGUAUCAAAUUUGUUUGGACCAUCUGUUAUAAAUUCUAAAGCUCUCGAGGUAGUUGGUAUGUUAAAAAUUUUAAACUUUAAUAACAUUAGGUUUACAGAUAAUGAUUAAAAAAUCUGUAAACGGUUCAAAAUAGUUACAUUUUCUUUUUAUUUCUUAGUCAUAAUUUUGUCACCACAUAGAUAAUUUACCUAUGAUUUCUUUUGGUCAAUCAGAAUCUAUAAUACAAUAUAGACAUUGUGUAAGUAGUUUUAAAUGUUAAUACAUUUACUUUCAAGUACUUUUUUUACUUGAUUAUUUCUUUUGCUUUCUUAAGUUAUUAAAGCUUAAAAAUUUGUGAGUACCUUAUUCAGAUCUGUUCUGUUGAAUUUGUUGAAGGUGAUGGUGCAGGGAGGAAAUGAUCAGUGCUCCAGGAAUCUCAUACUGGAUUUAGGGAUCUCUCCAAGGCUCCAUAAGAGAACAUCACAGAGAAGAUGUUAAGGUAUCAAUUUAUACAGUGACUACAACACAGUAAGCCAGCAUUAUAUCUCAUAGGCGAUUGGACAGCUAGGCCAAAGUUUAAAAUGAGAACUUGCCUUGAAAUAUCCAUUCUAAGCAUGGUAGCAAGCAGAGAGGGCUCACUAUGAAGUAAACUAGUGUGCUGGAAGUUCCCCCAGAUUUAUUCUAGGUGCUGCUAUUCAGCUCCAGUUUUCGUUUAUGAACCAAUGUGGUGAGAGAUUUCUGGUUGCUUAGAAACACUGCUUAGAAAAGAAUGCUUGAAGGCAUUCUAAAGAUGGAAGGACCAUUUCUACAAAUGUUCCUUCAGACCCUCCUUAUUCUUCAUGAUGGAAUCCUGGUCUUUCCACAUGACAUAUUCUGGUUACCUGCUGGGAUUAGUAGGGCUGACUACUGGGGCUGAGGAGGGAGUACAGUAUGUGCUAGGGCUGGAUGGAGCAGAGUGGUGAAAGGUGACAUGUGUUUAUAUGAAUAAACAAAAAUGGGCUUGGAAAACCAGUGAAAUGAUAACCUCUGCCUUUGAAGUACCCUUAGAGCAGUCUUAUUAAACCUAUCAUGAAAGGAGAGGCAGUGUCUUCCACUUGAAUGUUCUUUCCUGUGGCCUAGUGCUAGUCAGUACACGGGACCUAGGCUUGCUGGGUGUUAAUGGAAUUCCUUUUGUGCAGUCUGUCGUUUGUAUAGACACUUAACUGGCUACCAGAAUAUUUGUGAUACCAAAGAGCACAAGAAAAUAGAGGAACCAAAGAGGAGAGGGCAUAAUUUAAGAAGAUAGGAUACUUUGAGUGAAGAAGUAUGGAUCUGAGUUAUUCUGUGGUGCUAUGGAAGGUAAAUCAGUUGGAUCUCUGUUGGAGGCAAGAUAUAGGUAAAGCCGAUAGCCUUUGUGUUCUCAGUUGAUGUGUUCAGUUUGAUGUAACAGUUUAGGAAUGGCAAGUGGAGAAUAGGUGAAACUUAAAACUGGAGAGCAUGUGCUUUCCAGAUAGGACAUCUUGUGGAUCCCUUGACAGAAAGGACGUUUCUCCCAAAUUACAACCUUGAGGCUCUUAAUAUUCAUUUUGGGGUGUUCUUGGGAGGAGAGUUGCAGAAGGUGAUAGAGCAGGUGUUCACAAGAUGUCACAGUAAUCUGUCAACUCAAUAGGCUACCCUCCUAUCAAUGAAAUCAUGCAAGAAAUUGUGGACAAUGCAUAUGUUAGGUGGCAGUGCUGUGUAUGGAGAGCCAUUCUACAAAUGCACUCGUAGAUUAGGCUCCUCAGAAGUCUGAAGACUAUGGAGGUCAAGAAUAGGCAGGAAUAAUAAAUAGAUACAAUCUCUAGUUUCACUGAAAUUUCAGAGUUCUUCUGAAGUAGGCCUCAUUAUUUUUCUUGACAACCUGUAUGACCUCUACAGGGGCUGAGAAAGGCCUGGUAAGUUGAAUAUUAAGUUGAUGUCAAAGUACUCAUGAAAGCCUUGGGCUGUAAGGCACACAUCUUUUUUUGCACAGUUAUAGCUGUGGUUGGGACAUAGCUCUUUAUU